AUGGCUGCUGCAGACGUUCUGCCUGAUGAAACAGAAGGUCCUAUAUUAGAGAUCACCAAGCAAGAUUUUUUUCAAGACGCAAAAACCCUCAUUGCCCAGCAUUAUGAGAGGAUAAAUGAGAAUAAAGUUCAAGGUACUUCUGUAAAUGUUUUUAAAAAUAAACACCAAAAACCAAAAUCUGGCAAAUUCAUACCUUUGGACAUUAAAAUAAAGGAAACACCUGAUGUGGUCCAAAAACUUCAGGCAGCAUGCAAAAGUAUUUGUUUUCCCAAAGAUCUUUCCAAAAGUGAACAUUUUGAGGAGCUUCCACGACAAACUUUCAAGGAGCCACACAUUUUUCAUAUGAAAGAAAAAUGCAAGGAUUCUAUAGAUCCAAUUGUGAAAGAGCAAGUUAAACUGGGUAAAAUAGUGACCAAUAUUGAAUCAGUGAGUAAAAAAAUGGAGAAAGAAAAGCAAAAGCACUAUGGGAAGCCCAGAAAUAAAAUGUUGGACUCAUCAUAUGCCUUCCCCGUCAUUAAUCUUGGCUUGCGACCCAUGACCUCCUCUUCUAUGGGGCUUCCAAAAGAAAAUGAAACUGUAUUCUACGACUGGAGAGGAAUUAUAUCCACAAGGGCCUCCCAUUAUGCUCAUGACUCCAUUUUGUCUAAUUUCUCUGGAUCAUCAGUAUUUCGGGAUUCCUGUACUUUCCAGAAGUGGAAUUCUUUCCAAUCAAAAUGGCAGCAGUGGAAAACCUAUCAGAGUCAAGCACAGCUAAUGAUUGUAUAUAAAACCUAUAAAACCUUUAUGAAAAAAGAGCAACAGCCUAUCAAGCUAGAACUGAAGCCACAAUUCAAGACGAAAUCUGUUUGUGCUAACAUAAAUGUGCAAAAUAAAAGUGCUAACAUUGACAAUAAAAUUAGAAGAACUGGACCACACAAAGAAAUCUUCCAAGUGUUCCAGGAAAGGAAAAAACAUAAAAUCACCAAAAAAACAGUUAAAAUGAUCACUGUCAUGCAGGCAUAUAUCAGAGGCUGGCUUGAACGCAAAAGAUUCCAAAGAGUAAUGACCAAGUGGUCCUGUAGAGCCGGUCAGAGGAUGCCAGUGUUCUCUUCGGGCAAGUCCCUAUUUGACCAUGUGGAGUGUGGGAUGGAGAAGCAGGCCCACUUCCUUCUAACCUUCCCUGGGAAGUUCACGGAGUGCUCAGCUAAUCACGGAGGCUUAUCACUAGACAUAGAAAUAAACCUGGACCUAAGGUCUCUACAAAUCCCGGUGAAACUUUUAGUUUAUGAAAUAAUGUUUGCUAAGAGAGAAUAUUGGCAAGGAUUAGAAAGAAGCAAGCUCCUCAAGUACUUCAACGACUGUGGUCAUUUCCCAACCCAGCAGCAAAUUGAAAAGGUUUGGGACCUGGUCCAUAGAGAAGACGCUGUAAAAUAUUCUGAAAUCAUCAAGAAGUCCAAUGCAAUUGAAAUGUUGUUUACGUUCUAUCCUCCUCAAGGUGCCCAUGUGCGUAGUAAUGUACAAGUUCGAUCAACUUGGCUGAGACCCAUAGUGAAUGGGGAAGAAGGAUAUAAAUAUAUAGUGAAUGGACAUCCAAUACUCAAAAGAGCUAAUAUCCAGAUUGUUGGGAAGUUAGUGUCCAAAUCUAUGAGAGACAGGAAAAUGAGACAACGUUAUUAUCAUGAGAAGUAGAAUCAUGUUUUCUUCAAACAAUAUUGUUAGCAUAGCAGUUGAAC